AUGUCAAACAUUGUGAUCGAUCAAACCACCAUCCAGGCUCUCGUCGAGUCGGUGAAAGCCUUACACUCCCGUCUCGACAUUUUCGAACGUGCUCAACAAGCCCAGCAAGCCCUGAACGCUCAGUUCCGAGAAGAAGUAAAUGAUCUUCACUCCAUCAUCAACAAUCUCGAGAAGCUUAUCCGCUCUCCUGCACCCGUAACUGCUCAACCCCCCAUCGCCGCUAUCCCAAUUACACCUGUGGUCCCUGCCGCUCAGGCUCAGGCUCAGGCUCAACAACCCCGCAACAACCCACCCCAGUGGAGCCAAGUCCUCAAACGUCCCUCCGCUGCCUCUAACAAGCGCCGCCGCGAACAUGCUCUCCGUACACUUCAACCUCCUCAACCUGCCACUGAAAAUUCCAACUACACUGUUCUGCACCUCCAUCGUGCUCAUCGUAUGACUCACACCGAAUAUCGUGCUACCCUCGCUGCCAUCGGCAUCGAUAGCAAACGUAUUCUAGAUGUCACUUUUCCUGCUCGCAACAUCUCCACCAUCCUGAUCCACACUGCAUACAAGGCGGAUAUACUUCAACUCUUAGCCGCCGGUGAACUGACUGAAGUCCCAGACUUUAACCCGCUUGACCAUACACAUGUAGCCGAUCCCCAAUUUGCUGACAUGCCUGCUCCCCAACUAACCCGUAUUGCUGCCGCCCUUCACACUGACCGAUGCAUCCGUACUGUGCGCUACAUCAAGAAACAUACUGUCCCCGGCGUCCUCAAAUUUUUCAUGGCCCAAAACUGGAUACCUCUCGUCACUGCUCAAGAUCUCUCUGCUGAACUGCUUCCUCGUCCUGCCAAACGUGCUAUGGACCCUCAUUCUGCCGUUGGUCAAUUGCUCCUUGAUCCCGUCUACGCCACCAAGUUACGCUCACGCCAGUUGGUUGAUCGUCUAGGCAACGUCGUUGAAACCAAUGCAAUGGAGAUUACUGAGGAAUUUUACGAUGAUCCCAACCACUCAGACACCGAUGACUCUCUUGAAUGA